CAAUUUGAUUAGAUUUAUUUAAUAUAAUAAAUAAAUUCUAUUUAAAAUAAGUUAAGACAUCUUUUAUUAAUUAUCGAGAAUAUUAGAUUUUUUGUACUUCCAUAAGAGUUUGCAUAAUGUAUAAUGAUUAAUUUAUUCGUGCUAUUAUACAUUAAAAUCUUUUUGCUGCUAUUAUAAACAUUUUCUUAUUAACUUGAUAAAUUAUGUCUAGUGCAAUUAAACCAAUAAGCAAAUUAGAUAUUCACAAAAUUUGUUCUGGACAGGUUGUUCUUAAUUUAGCAACUGCAGUAAAAGAAUUAAUUGAAAACAGCUUGGAUGCUAAAUCAUUAUUUGUUGAAAUAAAGUUAAAAGAGUUUGGUAAGGAUUUGAUAGAAGUAAUAGAUAAUGGAGUUGGAGUUCAUCCUGAUAAUUUCGAAGGACUAGGUCUAAAACAUCAUACUUCUAAAAUUCAAGAUUUUUCUGAUUUGAGUUCAGUUGAAACAUUUGGCUUUCGAGGAGAAGCUCUGAGUUCUUUGUGUGCUCUCAGUGAUGUUAUAGUUAUAACUAAACAUUCUUCUCAGAUAUGUGGCACUAAAUUAGUAUUUGAUCAUCAAGGUCUUAUAAAAAGUCAAGUUCCUUAUCCUAGACAAGUUGGCACUACAGUUACUUUGUUAAAUUUGUUUUCAACAUUACCUGUUCGUCAUAAAGAAUUUCAAAGAAAUUUAAAAAAAGAAUUUGGAAAAAUGAUUCAGGUGAUUACAGGUUAUUGUUUGGUUGCAACAUCAGUCAAAAUUUUGUGUUCCAAUCAAUCAAAAACUCUCAACAACAUUCUUCUUUCAACACAUGGAAGAAGUACUGUUUUAGAAAAUAUAUCUUGUAUUUUUGGUUCAAAGCAGACUAGCAAUUUAUUAGUUAUCAAAAAAGUUAUUCCUGAAGAAAUAUAUGUUGAAACACAACAUUUUUUUGAAAUUGAUGGAUAUAUAUCUAACUGUGAUCACAGUUGCGGCAGAAGUUCGAAAGAUAGACAGUUUUAUUUUAUUAAUUCGCGACCAUGUGAACCAUUAAAGAUAAUAAAAAUUGUAAAUGAAAUUUAUCAUCAGUAUAACCAGAAUCAGUAUCCAUUUGUUUAUCUUAAUAUAUUAAUUGAAAGAGCUCAAGUUGAUGUUAAUGUUACACCAGAUAAAAGACAAAUUUUUUUGACAAAUGAAAAAUAUCUGUUAACAAUACUAAGAGCUAGUUUGAAUAAAUUAUAUGAAUCAAUUCCGUCUACUUACAAAAUAAACACAAGUUUGUAUGAAUCAACUUCAUUAAAAAGGAUAUAUAAUGAAACAAGCAUAGAAAAUACUAAAACUAAACAACCUAAGUUAGAUUCAGCAUUUGAAAUAGAUAAUUUAGAAAGAAAUAAUAGCCAGAGUUCUAAACAAAUGGAAAAUGAGCCCAAAUGUAUUUUAAAAAAAUUCAAAGAUUUUUCCACUGCAACAAAAAAUAUAUCUAAACAAACCCAAGAAGUUUCUUCUAGUGUUAGUGAAAUAAUAGACAGAAAAAUCUUUCAUUCAAAUAUCUGUGGUAGUGAUACAAUGAAUUACACUAAUACAAUUAUUUCCUAUAAUGACAAAAUAAAUGAAUCUAUUGAUAUAAAUAAUGAUCAUGAUAACUGUAUAACUUCAUUUAACUUGAAAAAUGUAACUAGUGACAAUAGUUGUGAUUUGUUCAACAUUAUACUCAGUGAAGAAUUAAAAACACGUGAAAAAACUUUACAAACUUUUGAUUGUCAUAUCAAACAUAAGAAUUUAAAAAAAAAAAAUGAAUGCUCUGGUAAUACAGUUAUUGCAAGUAUUCAUAAUAAUUUACCCAUUAACCACAAUAAAUCAAUUGAAAUAGACGAGUCAAAUUUUUCAAAACACAGAAGAAUUUUUGCGGUUGAAAUUAAUAUUAAUAACAUCAAAGAAUAUUUUACAUAUUUCAAUAAUAAAAAAAAAAAAAAUCAAAAUAUUAAAACAAAAUUUUUUGCUACAAUUGAUCCUGGUAAAAAUCAACAAGCCGAAAAUGAAUUAAGUAGAGAAAUAACUAAGGAUAUGUUUAAACAAAUGAGUAUUAUUGGACAAUUUAAUUUGGGUUUUAUUAUAACAAAACUUGAUGGAGAUUUAUUUAUUGUUGAUCAGCAUGCUACAGAUGAAAAAUAUAAUUUUGAAAUACUUCAACUAAACACUAAGAUAACUAGUCAAAAACUUUUUUUACCUCAACAAUUAGAUCUUACUUCCAUUAACGAAAUGGUUUUAAUGGAAAACUUAAAUAUUUUUAGAAUGAAUGGAUUUGAUUUUGAUAUUAAUGAAAAUGCUGAAACUACAAAAAAAAUUAAACUAACCACGAUACCAAUGAGUAAAAAUUGCCAAUUUGGUAAAGAAGAUGUCGAAGAAUUAAUUUUUAUGUUACAGGACGCUCCACAAACAUUAUGCAGGCCAUCCAGAGUUCGAUCUAUGUUUGCUUCCCGUGCUUGUCGUAAGUCAGUUAUGAUUGGUUCUGUAUUAACCGCUAAAGAUAUGAGAAAAAUAAUUGACCAUAUGGGCGUAAUUGAGCAACCAUGGUUCUGUUUCAGGUGGUUGUCGCAGCUAACCAGUGCUCAUACCUCAUCUGCGGUUCUGUAGGUUUUAUUAAUUAAAAUGUUGAGAAAUUGAAAAUAUAAAAAGGUAAACAUUAUUAAGAAAUGAUAGGUAAUAUAAAAUAGCUUUAUGUUAUAGAUAGUGAUUUAUUCAGUUAAGAUUAUUUUUAUAAUAUUUGAUAAUGACUAGUAGGUAAUUUUUUUACCAAUUAUAUAAUUUAAAAAAAGAUAUAUUUUUAUACAUAUCAUUGAAAUAUUAAUUAUUUAUUGAGUCAAAGUAACUAUUAUCAAUACUUGUUUGUUAAUUUGUAGUUGGUAUUUACAUAUUUAUCAAUUAAUUUAUUUUUUAUUUAAUAUAACUGUGAUAACUACAUUUUAGUCACUUGUUUUAUUUAUUCAUUAGUUCAGUUUAUCUUUAGCUCAUAUUUCUCAAUUUUGUGUAGGCGCCCAUUCUCAUCAUUUAUGUGUUAUAUGAGUAACUAGACGUUUCUUUUAGUAUAAUAUAUAGUCCAUUCUUUUCCAUACCCAAGAGAAUUGGUGUUUGGGUACUAUUUGUCAUCCCCGCCCGUUCAUCAAUGUCAAAUGAUAACUGUUUAUUAUUGAUAAUAAAAAAAAUAUCGCAAUUAUGGAUAAUGUAGUUAAUAUUACCGAUAUUGUAAAUGAGUAAUGCUACUUUAAAUUACUUAAUUUGAUCAUGCUAUUUUGGUAAUA